AACAUGGAGAAAAACAUGGCGGACAGGAUCUGUGGAGGCUGCAUCGGUUGAGCUUGCUGGCAGUUUAAACAUAACCGUAGGGCACAAAGUCACCGUGAAAGGAGGCCAGUUGGUAGGAAGCGAGAGGAGCAACGAAAACAAGUCGGACAUGAACGGGGAGAUUGUUUGCAGUAGUCAUUCAAUCACUAUCUUAAGCUGCACCAAGUCCAUAUCUCCGGUUCAUGAUGAAAACACCAUCAAGCUGAGGCAGGAGGGAAGGUGCUCGCCAAUAUACUGCCAGCAAACUGAUGCUCAAAGGCAAGGAGAGGGCCGCAGAACAAACACCAUCAGCCUCUCAUCGAAAGACUCCCAGUCAGAUUUCCCAGAGAUGGAGAGCAGCUACAACCAGUGUUCACCCUGCUGGUCAGAUGAAAAAACGCCACUGCAGCUCCAUCGCACUCAGACCUGCCUCCGCUCCUCCACAGAUCUGCCUCUGCCUCUCAGUAACAGUUUAUCACACCCUCCCCUCCACGCCAACAACAGCAGCCCCAUCCACAGCCACCAGAGGAGAGGGGUAUGCUUUAAGGUUAAAGGAAGAAAACCCACCCUAAGAAUCACGGGGGGGAAAAACUCCCAAAACCGAAAAGUUACUGACUACUUUCCAAUACGACGAAGCUCAAGAAAAAGUAAAACAGAGUUGAAGUGUGAAGAAAAGAAGCACAUAGACGAACUCAUCACAAAGGGAAUAGAAGAAGGAAUGGAGGUGCAGUAUAUAGAAGGAAAGGGGAGAGGAGUGUUUGCGACACGAUGUUUCCAGAAAGGCGAGUACGUGGUGGAGUAUCACGGUGAUCUGCUGCAGAUCACUGACGCCAAGCAGAGGGAGGCUGAAUACGCUCAAAACCCGGCAACAGGCUGCUACAUGUACUACUUCCAGUACCUCUGCAAAACUUACUGUGUGGAUGCCACAAAAGAGACUGAUCGAAUGGGUAGGCUGAUAAAUCACAGUAAAAAUGGAAACUGCCAAACCAAACUCCACGACAUCAACGACGUCCCCCACCUCAUUCUCGUUGCUUCUCGAGACAUCGACGAGGGCGAGGAGCUUCUGUACGACUACGGAGACCGCAGUAAAGCCUCCAUCGCUGCUCACCCUUGGCUCAAAUAUUGAUCCAGGGCUCCUCUUCAAAAAAAGAAGAAGAAGAAAAAGGGAAACGUACAGUAACACUCAUGUUUCUCUUUCGUUAGUGUACAAAAUGCCUUAGAAACAGAAUGUGUACCCUUUUUGUUCUAGUAUCGAGGAGAUGGGGGAGGGGCGGGGGGGGGGGGUACUUAUCACAUUUUGGUUGAGGUCCCAUGACUUCAGUACUUUUUAUUUAUGUGUAUAUGAAACCUUCUGGUUGUUUUGCAGCACAUUUAUUUUGUACAUUUUGUAUUAGAGCAAUGCUUCUACAGCAUGCAGGUGGUAGUUAACGCUCUGCAUUUUUAUACCGCUUUUUCUUAAUUAGUAGUUAGCAAUACUUGUAUUUAAGGCCCCGACGUCCUGAUUGGGAAAAGCGUACGAGAUACUAAUAACAAAACCCUUUAAAAAAAAAAAAAAAAAAAAACUGUUCGAAUGGGGUUUGAUUUCAGACAUCAAUACUCACAUUGUUUUUAGUGGGAGUGUAAACGUUGAGCAGAUUCAUGGCUUAUUUUGCAUAUGUGGGUCUGAAUAACACACAACAUUCAAAUGGCUGUUGAAUAAUGUAAUGGAUUUUUCAAGUGUUGAAUAACAGAUGUGAAACUUGAUACACAGGAAUACAUCAAAAAUCAAUUUUACUGCAUCUACAUGCUUUUCUUUUAGUUGAGUUUUAUAUUUUUCCAAAAUAUUGUAUUUUUAAUUAAGAAAAAUAAUAACUUGAAUUACUCAAUCACUGACUGUAUUAUCAUUCCAAAGUUUUGUCAAAUACCUAAAGAAUAGUUUUUACGUUCACUUUAUAUUUUCAAAUUUAGAACAGCAAAAAUUUAUCAGUUUUCUUAAAUGAUUAGCAAAUAAUUUAACAAACACUUCGGAUAGCUGAUUUGAGUGCAGUUUUCUUUCAUUCUUUUAAACAGUCGACUUAAAGGCGUCAGAGGCUGGACUUGUUACAUUAUUUUUUACAAAGACAUAGGGAAGUUAUAAUAAGGUAAAUUCAAUCUACUUACAUCAAUGGACACCCUUAAGUCCUGUUUAAUUCACUUAAAUAUUCAUGAGCUCACAAUUCUCUAUCACUGCACUUUGUAAAUAUAUUUAUUUGCUUGCUGUUGUGAACCCACAUUUCACAUUUUUUGUAUACUCUUUCCCUUACUGGUAGAAAAAAAUUAACUCAUUUCUCUACGUUUAAUUUCAUAUAUAAUCAGAGUGUCUAACCUGACAAAUUGUCUUAAAAUGAUCCCAAUUUAAAUGUCCAUUCCCCAGCCUUGAUAUAUGAACUAAAUGCUGCUUUAUAUCCUCCAUAUGUAUAGGCAUAGAGGUUUAAUCUUCUUUUUUCAACCUACAAAGUGGACACCUCUAAACCCAAAAUGUAAAACUCUUCUACUUAAGCAUGGGUUUUGUUUAUGUCACAUAUUACUUUAAUAUUUUCACACAAACAAAACAAGGUGUCUUUGGGUUCAGACCAGGUCCGCUGGAUCAGGUCUAAAAUGGGUCUGGUGAACUUUUACACUCCUGAUGUUCAAACAGGAUAAACAGGUCUUUCUAUACCACGCUGUUGUCGUUUACACUGUUAUCACAUUAUUCACAACUACAUGUUCCGUGUGAAAGUAUUGAACUGCUGAACUGCCAACAGGUCUUCUUUUCUUUUAAAACUUUGUUUAUUAAUCUUCAAAGAGUGUUUCACAUGAAUUGUAGCCAGAAGGUCAAAUUUACCCCAAUUUAUUUUAUUAACCUUGACUUGGGUUUGAUUUGUCCUGAACCAGAAAAUCACAAAGACACAUUAUUCUUCUUUCCGCCCAUUUGCAUUCAUAUACUGUAUUUUUUUAAAAUAUAUUUAAUUUCAUAAAUCAUGCUGGCACUCCAUGUACCUAAACUUAGCCGGAAUAAUCACACGACUGUUCAAGUCAACAUGCCACAGAAACAUGCCAGCGCUCCAAUAUUCAUUUUAAACAUUGCUGGAUGAAACAUUUGACCGGUAAUGGUUGAAUUCAAUCAAUAAUAAAGCAGCUUAGAGCAAAGCCAUGUGAUAUUCCAUUUAUUUUUAUUGUAAACAAAUCUCAUUAGAAGAGAGAAAAAAACAACAAUCAACAUGUUAGACUGUUUCUCAAUACUGUACAACUUCCUGUCUGUGGCCAUGAGCCUGUUGGUUCCUCCUGCAGACAUCCUCAAAAACAAACACUACCUUAUAAAUAGUGUCGUUUUAAGAAGGCUAACAUAUUUUCAAAAAACAGCUGUUCACUGUAGUUUAAUGACAGUAGUUAUUAUUUCACAGGAGAAAAUGAAGUAGCACAAUUUAAAAACCCAUGUGCACAUGCAGUUCAUCAUUUAUCUUCUUUAUUUGUAUCUAGUUGUCUUCCACUAAGUGCUGAUUGAGUUGUUAUCUAAAUUAUCAUGGAUUGUUUUAAAUACGAGUUUGGUAUUAAAAUUCUGGAGCUCAAUGUUUUUUAACAGACCGGAUGAUUAAAUGAUUGAUGGCGCCCUCCUGUCUGUGGUAAAAAAAAUAGAGCCACAGCUACAAUAUGUUUAGCUAAGCUUAGCAUGAAGAAAUGGGGAACAGCUAGCCCUGCUUACUACAAGAGCUAAAGAAAAACCAUCUCUAUAUCUAAACCUCCUAAGCUAAAGAGAUGUUGUAUUUUAAUUGUAAAAUCUGAAUGGAUAGUAAAAACACAUUUCCCAGUUCAACUCGUAGGUCAGGACCAGUAAUGAAUUUGUAUAUGGAACUUUUGAAGUAGGUCAAACCAUACACCAUUAUGUAAUAAUACUGAUACUUCAGAUUUUUUUUUUGUAAAUACUUUGCUCUUUAAUUGCUGAACUACUAAAGUGACAUAGGAAAUGAGGCAGACUUCAGGCUUGUUAAUGAAAUGAAGGAUUUUGUUCUCAGAAAAUGAUCCACAAAAAGCUGUCAAUAUCUAACAUCAAAUACUUCAUUCAGAGCACCUGUGAGGAAAUCUGUUUGUGUGGACGUUGGCGCCGCCUGUGGACAAAGUUUGUAGUCCUAUCAAGAACACAUGUAAUAAGAUGUGGUCGACUUUAGAUGUUUGUAACUGGAUCAGGUUGCUCAAACCCAGUUUUGCUUUCUUAAAUCAUAACAGAAGUAUAAUGAAUUUAAUCCUGGAUUAAAAAUGUCAAGUAAACACUUCCAUCCCAAUAAUAGUUCAGUACAUAAACCCCUUCUAAAAAGGGGCGAUGUCUUCUAUAAACAUAGGUUUUAUGAUUAAGAACAUGUUCAUUUGUGAGCAUUAGAGAUGUUUUUAGGCUCAGAUUGUGUCUUAGGACAGCUAUCUGUUUCUCUCAGCUCAUAACCUCCCACUACAGGCUCAAAUUCAACUGAUAUACUGUACAUGCUAUUGGUAUCAGUCUUUUUCUUUUAACUCCGAGCAACAAAGCAAAUAACUAUCUCUGCCAAAAUAUCAACCUUUUUUUUAAGCCCUUGAAAUUAUAUUGAAUUCUUUUUUCUUUCACAAGUGUUCAGACUUCAUGAAAUGCCCCCCAGUCGAAGUCUUAAGGUUUUCAAAGUAUAUUCAGUACUUGUUUGACAUCAAAGACUUUUUGAAAAUGACCUCGAAACAAGUAUCAUCAGUGUUAAUUAAAAAAAAGAGACCAGAGACUUUUCAACAUUCCCCUGCCACCUCUUACUGUAGCAUUGUUGAAUUGAAACGUUUUUAUUGAGCAGAGGAUCAUUUCAUUCUUUAUGUAGAACAAAUGCAAUAAUACCAGACCUGUUGGCCAUUUUAGGAAAAAUAUCUCUUUGCUGUUGUAGCGUUGAAUAAAUCUUAAUGCUGGGGUUUGGUCUUUGAUGAAUAAAGAUGUAAUAUGCAAGGAACACAA